AUGCUGCUCUGGAUGAUGCUACUGCUCUGUGUUUCCAUGAUUAAAGCUCAAGAUUUGCUUCAGGACCCUGUGCUGAGCCACAUCAACUCUUCAGAGCCGACAGAUGUGAUCCUGAAGUGUACAGCAAAGGUGAACCCCAAGAAGCCAGCUUUACAGCCCUUCUACUCUUUCUACAAGGACAACCAUAUUGUUCAAAACAGGAGUCACAGCCCAAUAUUUUUCAUCCCAGAAGCCAAGGAGGAAAACUCUGGGCUUUACCACUGUAUAGUGGACAUAUACACUGAGGUCGGAAUAAUUCAGAAAAAAAGUGGUUAUCUGGAUAUCCAACUCUGGACUCCUGUAUCCCAUCCUGUGCUCACUCUGCAGCACGAAGCCACUAACCUUGCUGUAGGAGACAAGGUGGAGUUUCUCUGUGAGGCCCAGCAGGGCUCCCUUCCAAUCCUUUACUCAUUCUACAUUGAUGGAGAAAUCCUAGAGAAACCCCUGGCUCCCUCUGGCUGAGCUGCCUCCCUCCUCGUCUCAGCGAAGGCGGAGUGGAGUGCCAAGAACUAUUCCUGUGAAGCUAAAAACAACAUCUCCAGCGACAUAAGUGAGCCCAAGAAGUUCCCCUUGGUUGUCUCAGGUACUGCCUCAACCAAGAGCAACACGCUAAUUAUCUGGCUACCUGCAAGCCUGCUUGGUGGGAUGGUCAUUGCCAAUGUGGUUCUAAUUUAUUUCUUCAAACCCUGUAAAAAAGAUGGUUAG